AGGUGGCGGGGCACCUGCAGUACCCGCCAGGAUGUGAGACCGUCUACUCUUACUUCGAGUGCGUGGGAGGGCCUGACAAAGAGAUCGUGUUCUUCGGCCUGCAGUACUACAUCAAGAGGUACCUUGCUGGGCCGGUGGUCACCCGCGACAGGAUAGACGCUGCAGAGUUGGCUUUCAAGGCGCACUUCUGCCAGGCAAGGGGGGGCUACGACCCCGGUCUGUUCCACAAGACGGGGUGGGAGUACAUCCUGAAAGAGUACGGGGGGCAUCUGCCCAUCCUGAUCAAGGCAGUGCCCGAGGGCACCGUGUUGCCGCGGCAGCACGUCAUGUUCACGGUCGAGAACACCGACGACCAGUGCUUCUGG